UCUCCUCCUCUCUUCUCUCUCUCUCUCUCUCUCUCUCUCUCUCUCUCUCUCUACGUGCAUCAUACACACGCGUAUCGUUCCGAUAUGUACGACACAAUAUGUGAUUGUCGAGAAGCCAUGGAUCCAGAGUAUCGUGGGAACGUUUGCGCGUUAACGACGCGUGUCAACGGCCGUUUGAAGGGGCGAGACGCGUGCACAGGACACGUGCUAACGUUGGAUAAGGGUGGCCACCCUCUGCCAUUUUUCUGGGAAUUGUUCUCGAGUCGAUUCCCAUCGAACGAAAUCCCCCUCGACUUUUCCGACACGCGACGAUUACGGAACUUACCAGAAGGAAGUAAAUCGGUUGAGCGGAUGCAGAAGGAGACGAGUUUCCACGCGGAGAUUUCUUGUCACCGGGGACAGCAGUGGAGAGGCGGAGAGAUAAUUGGCAGAAACGAAAGCAGGUGUCGGUCCUGUUUAUCUUCGCGCCUCGAGAACCCGGUCCCCGUUAAAUCGGUGUCGUUAAACGUUCGAGGAGAUGUUUCGACUUUCGUGCACGACUAAUUGCACGAUCGUAAACGUCGUGAAAGUUUGACCGAUUUGCGAGAAAAAGCCCUUAAAACAUCUCCUUCUUUCGCUUUCUUUCGAAAUUCGCCAAGCGAAAUUCCACGAGGAAUUCGUUUCAUAGACGCGUUUGUCGAUUGGAAAAAUUAUUUUUGAAAAAUAUGCAUGAUUGAUUUGAGUUAACUUUAAAUUCAGAGAUAUGAUAUCGUACAAAGAUAUAGAUAGGUAGAUAUGGAAAUGUUUUGAUUGAAAAAAUUAUUUUUGACCUCGAAUUUUAAUUAAAGAAAGAAAAUUGUAAUUAGGGAAAAUCGAUAAAUCAAAUUCGAGAUAUUGCUCUUUAUGAGAAAAUAAAAAUGGAACUCGUAAAUAAUAAAAAUAUCGUAACGAUCAAAUUAUCUUGAUUACUCGUUGCUCGUUUACAGCCAUCCCUACAUGCGUUUCUCGGUUAACAAAACCUCGACUCGUUGCAAACCUUCACUCACGAAAAAUUCUAUUAUCUCUCUCUCUCUCUCUCUCUUUCUUGGAGAGAAAGAAAAAAUCGAUAUCUCGAAAAAAGCUCGAAAGCUCGAUAAAUCGUGUAUUUUAACAAUUGUGAGAAUUUUGGGAUGGGGGAAGGCAUCCGGAGAAUGGGCGCGAGAUAAUAUAUAAAUCGGUCAAGUUUGGCUCGCUUUGGAGGGCUCCCGUGGCCGUUUUACACGGCAAUUAACGGGCCAGGCACACCCACCACUCAUUAAGCCUCGGCUCUCGAUGCCAAUUUGCCGCCUCGUUGCCGCCGUGCACGCACGCCACUCGCUCGAUUCGGUUUCAAGGCCUCUUCCCAUCUUUUCCAUUUUCUUCUUUUUCUUUAGCAGAUUCGUUUAUUUUGAAAUUGUUGAAUCCCUCGU